AUGAAGACCAUGAGCAUGAUUCAUGAGGUGGGUUUAAAUAAACUAUCAUCCUUAAUUACCCAAAAUAUAAAACAGAAAAUAAUAAAAAGAAAGGAUAGCAAAGAAGAUAAUUUAAAAGAAGUAAAAGUAAAUAAUACAAAAGAAAAAUUAACAGAUCAAAAAUUUAAAUUAAUAUGUAUAUGUUUCGGAUAUAUUAUAAAUACAUUUUUAUACUUUCUUUUUGUAUAUAUAUCUGAUUUGAUAUUUACUCAUUGUAUAUUUACUCUAUCUAAAAUUACGAAUAAGAAUUAUUAUGAUAAUUCAAUUGUUAACUCUAUAAAACAUUUUUCUAUUCUUUUUAUAUGGUACAAUUAUCUUUCGGGUGGGUUUGAUGGCGACCCCUUUUUUCAUUUUUUCAAAAACAAAAUGAAGUUAAUAAAUAAAGUGGAGUGCGCCAUAUCAUUUGCCUCAAACAUCUCGGGGACCAUACUAUACCUAAUAACUUUCCAACUUAUGAAUUUACCAAAAUAUGAAGAACACAAAGGAAUUAAUAUUACGAAUUAUAUUAAAGAUAACAAUAUUUCAAAAGACAAUUCAUUUUUAACAUUUCUUGUGUAUCCUUAUAUUCCCGAUUAUUUAAAAAAUGUAUUAUCAAACAUUUUGAUCUUUAUAAUGCCAUAUAAUACUUUAGAAAAAAAAUAUGAUAAUAAAAUAUUUUUUAAUAAUAAAGAUUUAUAUUCAUCUAUUAUAAUGGAUACAUUUAUAAAUGAAUUUAUAUGUUCAUUUUUAAGUUAUAUAUUAUUAUAUAUAUAUAUGUUUACAAAAAAUAAUUUAUCACAACCCAUAAAUAUUAAUUUAAUAUUAACACAAAUAAUAUCCUUAUUUUCAAGUACAUAUAAACAUAUUAUAUGUGGACCAUAUAUGAGCUUAAGUUGGAUCAUACAUGAUGCUUAUCUAAAGAAGUAUCCUUUAUACUUUUCUAUGAUGUUAAUGCUUUCACAUUUCUAUGCUUAUAAACUAGCAACCCUUCUACUUAAAAUACCUACAAUAUCCUUGACAGAAGCCAAAAGAUAUUUUCAUAACAUUCAUUAUGAUUCUUUAAACAAAUAUACAAAUAAAAAUGGAGAUGUUAACUUGCACUCGGUCCCUGACCAUCUUAUAAACAACACUCCCUUACAAAAUACAUAUCUUUCAAAAAUUGCUAAAUUAUAUUUGACAACCUUUAUAUUUAAAAUACAUAAAAAAAAAGGUCUCAAAAGUGAAUGA